AUGGAGCCCACACAGAAUGUGACUGAAUUCAUCCUUUUGGGACUUUGCCACAAUGAGAUGUUACAGCCUGUGUGUUUUGUAUUCUUUGUAGUCCUCUAUAUCGUUACUGUGCUGGGAAACCUUCUAAUUAUUGUCACUGUAAAGAAGAGCCAGUAUCUGAAGUCUCCCAUGUAUUUCUUCCUCAGCUACCUGGCUUUUGUAGACAUGUACUUUUCCUCUGUCACAGCCCCAAAACUGAUUGUGGACUUCUUUGUGGAGAGGAAAACCAUCUCCUUUGACGGCUGCAUAGCACAGCUGUUUGUGUUCCAUUUCUUCGGGUGCACUGAAACCUUCCUUCUCACAGUGAUGGCAUACGAUCGUUACAUCGCGAUCUGCAAACCCCUCCAUUACACAACCAUCAUGACCGGGUGUGUUUGCGGCUCCCUUGUGAUGGCUUCCUGGGUGGGUGGCUUUGUGCAUUCCAUAGUUCAGACUCUC